AAAGCCAGAAAAUUGAGACCCAUGGAGAGAUAAUGACUCGUAAAGGGUCAAGAAGCAAAUUCUAACAGACCAUAAAAAAUUAUAAAAAAGCAAACUCCAAAAACAGAUAGAGCAAAGUACCUUACCCCCUCCCCAAACAUCACAAGGAUGUUUCUUUUCUUUUCUUUUCUUUUUUCAUCCCUGUUAUGUCAUAAAUAUUCUGAAAGUGAUUUAAUGUUAUUCUUCAUCUUUAAAUUUGUCAAAAGUUUUGAUAAAGUUCUGAGUGCUUUUUAAAUUAAUGGAUAAACGAAUUAAAAGUAACAUCUCCACCAACUGUUCUGGUGUUAUCACAAGCUUCACCUUCCAAAACCUGCUGCUGCAUCCAUUACUACUACCACUGCCAUAGAAUUGUUCCAUGAUGGAGGACCUCUUGAGCAGGCCAAUUCCAUGUUGGUAGUCCAAUGACAUUCGAUAUGGCGCAGGGCUCGCGAUGAUAGAAAUGCUAUAAAAGAUAAUAAGUAUAGCAUGUUUGGCGUGGAUUGUGGAUUAUUGAUUGUUAGUACCUUGUUUUGUUGGUGGGAAAAUGAUGUUUUGUGGUCGGUGAGCUUUUAUAGAAGCUAUAGUAGUACUUCAAGUCCUAGGUGUAUAACAUAGUAAAAGUGGUAGCACUUGGUCCAUUUGGUUGACCUUUUCCUUUUUCGAAAUUUGUCCUUCCGUAUAGUAGAUAGCAUUAAUCCAUUGAGUUCCGAGAUUACUUACUAACUUGAAUAAAUUUGUUCAUAUUCUCUUGCCUGCGUAACUGCAAGAUGGUUAGUUAAUUGAAUCAUGUUUAUAUUUGUUAGGCAAACUACAAGAUUAUUGUCUCAUCUGCUUGUCACUUACUUGUUGCUCUCUUUUCUUCACUAUGCUAUCUCCGCCUUUGUUCUUAUUACUCGGAGGCAGGCCAAGAAACAAAAAUGACAUAAUAGAUACCAUACUUAAUGCUGGACAAUAAGGCCGGAUGAUGCUAUCUUCUUCCUCAUUGUCUUUAUGCCUUAAACUAGACAAUAAGAACGAUGAUGAUUCAGUUGAAAAGUAAUUGCAUCUAUUGUCUCCCUGGCCUGGCCAUCUUCCAACCAUGAUCACAUUGAAAGAUCAUGAUAAUAUCAAAUAUAAUGAAAUUGCAUUCUGGAUGUAUGUUAUUUCAUGUGUGGUGCUUGUGAUCCUUGCAGGUGUCACAUCGGGCCUAGCACUAGGAUUGUUAUCAUUCAGCCAAGUUGAUCUUGAGGUUCUCAUUAAGGCUGGCCGUCCUAAAGACAAAAAGAAUGCAGAAAGGAUUCUACCAGUUGUAAAGAAUGGACAUUUUGUAUUGUGUACCCUCCUUUUAGGUAAAUCACUGGCCAUGGAGGCACUGCCAAUCUUCAUGGAUCCAAUCAUGCCGCCUUGGCUUACUAUUAUUAUAUCAACUCCCCUGGUCACAUUAUUUGCAGAGAUUGUGCCUCAAGCUGUAUAUUCUCGAUACGGACUAACCUUAGGAGCACAAAUGGCACCCUUUGUUCAACUGCUUCUUCUGAUCUUCUUCCCUAUAUCCUAUCCAGCUAGUAAGAUCCUGGAUUGGGCUCUAGGGAAGGAGCAUUCAGUCCUGUUGAGAAGAUCUGAGUUAAAAACAUUUGUGGACUUGCAUGCAGACAUGGCAGGAAAAGGUGGAGAGUUGUCCUGUCAUGAAGCCUCUAUAAUCACAGGUGCCAUGGAUUUGACUGAUAAGACUGCCAAAGAUGCAAUGACACCAAUAUCUGAAACUUUUUCUCUUGAUAUAAAUUCCAAACUGGACAUGAAUACAAUGACAUUGAUCAUGAACAAAGGGCAUAGUCGUGUACCUCUAUACUCUGGAUACCCAAGUAACAUCAUUGGCCUUAUAUUGGUUAAGAAUUUAAUGUUCUGUCGUCCAGAAGAUGAAACCCCAAUCAAGAAUCUGAUUAUCAGAAAAAUUCCCAGGGUUUAUGAAAAUUGGCCACUGUAUGAGAUACUGAACCAAUUCCAAAAGGGUCACAGCCAUAUGGCCAUUGUUUUGAAAUGUGAGAAUGACUCAGAGAACAACAAUGCUGUAGCCCAUGCUGCCGGUGCGCCUACAUUUCUCAACACACUCACUAAUAAAAUAUCAAAUGCAACACAAAAUACUAAAGAAUCCGAUUCUUCCUUUGAUCUGGAAAAGAGUCAGAGAGUUUGUAUCUGUGAGUCCAGCGAUAUAGAAUUUAAUAGUCCAAGUCCAGCAUUUCAGAAGAUGAUGAUGGAGGCAGGCAAUGAACAACAUCAACAUUCCAAAAAGUGGGAGGAAGAGAGUGGUUAUACGAUGUCACAAGAAGAAAUACAAGUUCUUCCAACUGUUUUGGACGAGGAAGUGAUAGGAAUCAUCACAAUGGAGGAUGUUAUGGAGGAACUGUUGCAGGGGGACAUACUGGAUGAAACUGAUGAAUAUGUUCAUGUUCAAAAGAACAUCAGGAUUAACUUGCUGACUCCACGAAGAUCAUCCAGGAAAGGAUCCGAGUCUAGUCUUCAUUGAACAACUUAAGGCUGAUAUUUACCUUUGAUGACUUGUCUCAAACACUUGGUAGACAUUGGUUUUCAUAAGAUCAUUCUUGUAUUCUUUUCGCCUUAAUUGUUGUUGUUAUUAGCUUAU